GUGGACGGGCGAAACACCCUUCGCUCGCCCCGAUAUUGUCAUCGGCCCGCUGGUGGCCUGACGUUGAAAGACCAUCGUCGCGUACGAAUCUUCGGAAUUCUCUGUUCUUCUUCUGUCAGCUUUUCUUCCGACGUCCGUCGGUUUCGUCUGUCCGCGAUAAGAGCGAUUUUUUUCCCUGAGAUUCUCUCGGAACCGCGUGCGAUCGUGUGUCUGCGCGCUCGUUCGUCUCAUUCGAGUUUCCCCUCGAUAUCGCCUUCCCCGUCGUUGCGCUUUAUUUGACAUGCAUGACGUACUCGAUGUCGCGACGCGCGCGUUACACCUUCUCCUUCGUCUUCUUACCCCCGAUUUCGAGAACACCGAGAGAAGAGAAAUCGCGUAACGUUUUUCGCGCUGGGGACGUACCGAGUGGACGUAAAUAAAAAAGAAAAAAAAGAAAUGGGAGCUACCAUGUCAUCGCGGUGCUGCCCGUCGCAUCGUAACGAUAUUUCCGUUCGCGGGUCACAGCCGGAGAUGCUUUUGACAUAUCGAUCCCGCCUUAUGAUUUUAUCGCGUUCUCGAGUUACAUGUGCCGCUUGCAACGCCGUUUGUGCAAAGUGAUAAAAACUGCCUUGAAGUCCGCGUUAGUUCGUAAGAAGUGAAAGUUUAAGGGAAAAGAGUGAUUUAGUUGCGUAAGGUCUUGAAACAAUUUGUCACCGGUGAUUUUUAGUGUUUGAUGAGAGAGAGAGAGAGAGAAAGAGAGAAAGAGAUAUUUAUAUAGUCGUAAGAGAGGAAGAAGACACUGAGAGCGUUUCUUUCGGAAUAAAUACUAAUGGAUGACAUUUGCAGUAGGAUGGAAUGGGUGGAGAUUAUAGAACCUCGCACCAAGGAGCAUAUGUAUGCCAAUCUAACCACGGGGGAAUGCGUAUGGGAUCCACCGCCAGGUGUACCUGUGAAAAAGACGGACAACAACCAGUGGUGGGAAUUAUUCGAUCAGAACACCUCACGGUUUUACUAUUACAACGCGACGUCUCAAAAAACCGUGUGGCACCGCCCGACCGACUGUGACAUCAUACCGUUGGCGAAACUUCAGACGUUAAAACAGAACACGGAACCUGCGAGCUGUGGUGCAUCCGAUACGCAGAAGGCGAUCGAGCCGAGAAAGAAGGAGUCCGUUUCGACGCAGACGCAAACACCCUCGGUUAGUCGAUCCACGCGAUUUAAUCACCAGGAGAACACAAAUUUGGCACCCACGCUGCAAGCUCUUUCUCUCGGUAGCGCGAAUAAAACGCGAACUUCCACGGUCGGCGUCGAUCUACAGACUUCUCCCCCCUCCCCGUCUCCGUCAGCGAGACGGCAUCAUCAUCAUCACCAUCAUCACAAUAACAGGCACCACAGGCACCAUGACGUACCCGCGGCACGCACCAGGCAACACAAUCACUCACAGGAUUCCGGUAGAUCCAGCGACAGUUCCGUCUCGCACAGCAGGACUUCCCUGGAGUCCACCGGAUAUCGUUUGUUGGAUUCGCCGCACAGACAUCAUCAUCGGUCGACCGCGCAAACCCCGGCGAGCACCGCACAAUCCUCCCCCAGGCAGCACGGCAGCGGCACCUUGGAAGCCAGGUGUCACAAAAGCGGCACUUUGGAAAGCGUGAAAAAUCAGAAGUCCGUAUCGAUGGGAGAACCACCGCCGUUAGGUUUGUCGCUUUCGACCAGCACGCCGUUGUUCAAAAAGAAAACGUUUUCCGACCCACAGCGGGAAGGGAGAGCAGGGAACUUGGACCUCGACAAAAGUAAAAAUGGUAGAGAAAGUAGUAGAGGCUCGUACGGUCCCGAGCCGAGUACCUCGCCAUAUCGUGAUUCUUUGAUGGAAUCUCGAGUCUUCAGGCAGGAAAUGCCGCCGUAUCGUCCGCCGGAAGUUCAGCUUAGCCAUAGUUACAAGUCGCAGAGUGAGAAGUAUGGUUCCUUGAUAGAGAGUGGCAAUCGUUACCAUAGGGAUAGAGAACGGGAGAUGCAACAGCAUCACCGGGAGCGGGUAAACAGUCUCGACAAGACGAAUCCGCAGGGUUCCUUUUAUCCCAGUUCUAUGCAUUCGAGAAACAUGAACAAGCAGCCGCAAGAUAGUACAGGUAGCAUAGGUAGGCGGCAUCACGGAUGUUCGGCAUCGUUGUCGGAAGCUAAUGUCAGAGACGUUUACGGUGCGAUGCUGUCCGAGAGAAACGAUCCCGCGAAGAGCCUCGGCAGAGUUGCUGGCGUACACGGUAAUACGUCGAAGCAGAGAAGCGGUCUUGAAGCAGCAGAGCGGGAGCGCGAAAGAGAGAGGGAACGCGAGAGGGAGAAGGAGUACAGGCGAAACACAGCGUGCAAUAACUCACUGGACUGUGUGCCUCAACCACUGGGUCGCAGUUACAGUUUUGUGCAGCAGCAAAAGCAGCAGCAGAAAAUGCAGCAGCAACAACAGCAGCAACAACAGCAGGCCAGGAGGAGAGAGCGAGACGACGACGCUAUGCACGAGCGUUACCUGAUGAUAAGCCAGACUCACGAACAGUCUAGGCAGAGACUUAGCAGUAACACUAGUAGUAGUAACAGUAGUAACAGCAGUAGCAAUAGCGCGGCGGGUGAGGAAACCGAAGGUCACGCCGAAGGAGACGACAGUAAGAAGAAGAGAAGCAACGGAAAUCCAAGUCCGCCGCCGUCGCCGUUUUACGGCAACCUCUUGGCCGAUGCUGAUCACUUAUUACCGUUACAGCAUUAUAUUCUUCAACAAGCGAAAUUAUCAGGUUGUUACAAGUUCGGAGAUCCCUUGUUAGUAGAGGAAGGGGAAGAUUCUCUGGACGAGGAAGGUGGCAGGGGCGAAGGUAUCAGCGGAAGAGGCGAUGACGAUUCUGAUGAUCAAUUUGCUGAUGAUGAAGCAGCUAGCAAUCAAGGCGACUCUUCCAGUCAAGAAUAUCUCGAAGAUCAUUAUGCGGAUUUAGGAAACUACGACACUGCGGGCUUGGCGACUUAUUACACCACAGCUGACACCCUGACAAGGCCACAAGCGCGGCCACCUUCACCGCCAAAUAUCGUGUCUCAAAUAGAAGCGAGAGAUAGUGUGGUGACCACCAGACAAGUCUCGAUGCCCACCGUGAGUUCGAUUCCAAGUAUCGGUACAACGAACGUCGACAACACUGACUUGGACGAGGCGCGGAGGGACGACAGUACGGGCGGUGGCGAUAUCGAGAAAUACGCGCAGGACAAUCUCAAUCUGAACUGCGGUAGACCAAAGGGAUUGCGGUUGUUAUUUCGAAAGAAGUUCAGUGUGCGGGAUAUUCUCAGCUGGUCGAAAGAUCCGAUACCUCAGCCCAUGCUUGCUAUGGUGGACGGCGAGAAGCUUCUCAAAAGGGAAGCCUGCAAUCUGUUCCGAUUGGUCCAGGUGUACAUGGGCGAUCGUAAGGCUAACGUCGGCAUGACGCUGGACGGUGUCGCUAUGGAUAUCGUGAACACCGCGUUUUCAAAGCCGCCCUUGCGUGACGAACUAUAUGUUCAGAUCUGCCGACAGACGACGGAGAAUCCGCGGAAGGAAAGUCUGCGACGCGGAUGGGAAUUAAUGGCUGUGUGUCUUGCUUUUGUGCCGCCUAGCGCAACGUUCGAGCCUUACCUGGAAGGCUACAUGAACAGGCAUCGCGAUCCCAACUUCCAGUUCCCAGAGGUCGCCAAGUGGCCGAUACACGUGCAAGUCAGUCAUUACGCCACUGUAGCCUGCAGGCGAUUGCAGCGGAUCGGCGCGCACGGCAAACGACAACCUCGUAAGGCUACAAUGGAGGAUAUCGACCAAGCGAGGACACAGAUCUUCCGCGCGUCUAUGUUCGGCGCGACACUCUCGGAAGUCAUGGCUUUACAAAGGGAUCGCUUCCCGAAUAAACAGUUACCAUGGAUACAGACCACGCUGACACGUCAGGUGUUGGUGCGUGGCGGCACGGUGACCGAGGGUAUCUUCCGAGUAUCCGCGGACGCGGACGAGGUCAGCGCGUUGAAAUCCUGCUUGGAUAGGUUCGAGGACGGCGCUAUAAUGGCAACUUCUCAGGACGCUCACGCGCCGGCAUCUCUGCUGAAGCUAUGGGUGCGCGAGCUGUACGAACCGUUGAUACCGGAUUCCUUCUACUUGGAAUGCGUGUCUAUGCGGCAUGACGACCCGGAAGCGUCUGCGGCCAACGUGGCUAAGCUCGUCGACCGUUUGCCAGAUCUUAACCGUCGUGUGCUGUGUCAUCUAAUACGCUUCCUACAGAUAUUCGCUAGAUCCGACGUGGUCGCCCGUACUAAAAUGGACGCCAACAAUCUCGCGAUGGUGAUGGCGCCGAAUGUGUUGCGAUGCACGUCCCAAGAUCCCCGGGUAAUCCUAGAGAACGCACGGAAGGAGAUGGCCUUCGUCCGUACUCUCAUCGAGUCACUAGACACCGCUUGGGUCGAGAAUCUUAACUGACCGCAUCCUACCGCGCUAGAAAAGAAGUCCGCUCUAGACUAUUAUGCCAAAUGAAUCAGCUGUAUAGUCACGUCUCUAUUGUUAGUUAUUUCUCUCUUCUCACUGUUUCUCGAUUUAUCUUUCACUCUUCUCUUCUCUCGUUUGUCCGAUUUCUCGCCUCUCUCCAUCGAUUAUCAUCAUUCCCCCCCAAUUCCCUCCUCUCCUCAUAGUCCUACGUAAAUGUUCUUCGUAACGGUAAUUUAGAGUGCUGAAGUCUUACCAAGCUAAUCUCAAAAUCACAACAAAACCCUGGCUCCCUUUAUUUUCUAUUUAUUAUUUAUAUAAAAGAUUCUAUAUGUUAUAUGACAGAUUAGAGAUUAUUAGAUUAUAUUACGUAUAACGCUAUAUAUAUAUAUACCAUAUAUAUUUUACCAAUCCCUUGUUACCGCGUCGAACAAACGUGGACGGCUUUUUUACUCGAACAUUGUUGAAUCUCGUGUAAAAUAAAAAAAAAAAAAAAA